AUGCCAGAUUCUGGCCUGUUCUCACCAAAGCGCACUCCUGAUGAUCAACACCCUGCAGACUUCAAGAUGCUGAGGACUUUAGUGCAUAAAAUUUCUCAGAAAAAGUCAUCUGACAUUAAUGACAUUGCUCAGAGUCAUCUUGCAAGAAUACUGAAUCUCUUUGAUCUUGUUGGCAUUGGUGUUGGCACAGGACUUGGACUUGGGGUAUAUGUCAUUCCAGGAACAGUCUCAAGGUAUUAUGCUGGUCCUGGAGUACUAACCUCUUUCAGUAUAGCUGCAGUUGCAUCUGUAAUUGCUGGUCUGUGUUAUGCAGAACUGUCUGCUAGAUUUCCUCGUGCUGGAUGUGCUUAUAUCUACAGUUUUGUUACAAUUGGUGAGCUAGUAGCAUUUAUUGUAGGAUGGACUCUCAUAAUGGUUUAUGUAUUAGGAACUGCAAGUAUAGCUAGAAGUCUUGCUGGACAUAUUGACUUCAUAGCUAACAACAGCAUGUCAGCUACUUUGAAAGAUGAACUGCCUAUAACUGCUGAAUUUCUAUCCAGUUAUCCAGACUUUUUGGCAUUUGGAAUAACACUACUGCUCUCAUUUGUUCUUGCAUUUUGUGUGAAGAUAUUCUCGUCCAUAAUGAACAUCACUGCUGCAAUCAAUUUUGCAGUUUUAUUAUUUAUCAUCAUAGCAGGUAGCCUGCAAGCUGAUAUAAAUAAUUGGCAAAUACAAGAAAACCAAGUACCUGAAGGUACUGAGGGAGGAAAGGGUGGUUUCAUGCCUUUUGGAAUUUUGGGUAUACUCAAAGGAGCAGCAAUAUAUUUUCAAGCCUUUAUUGGAUUUGACAGUGUUGCUUCAACAGGGGAAGAAGUCAUAAAUCCACAACGUAACAUUCCCAUGGCUAGUAUGAUAUCUUUGAUGACUGUCUUCUGUGGUUAUUUUGGGGUGUCAGGUGUGAUAACUUUGAUGCUUCCAUACUAUUAUCAGGAUGCAGAUGUGCCAAUAUUAUAUGCAUUUCAGAAAACUAGUUGGGGUUGGGCUCAAUGGAUUGUAAGCAUUGGUGCUAUUUCCAGCCUCAGUACAAGUUUCCUUGGUGGAAUGUUUUCACUCUCACGGUUACUUUAUGCUAUGUCUUCAGAUGACCUCUUAUUUAAGUUCAUGGGAAAAGUGCACCCUAGGUUCAGAACACCAUUCAUUGGUACACUUUGUGCUGGUGUUUUAACUGGUCUUAUGGCACUCAUCUUUGAUGUGGAUGAACUUAUUGACAUGAUGUCAGUAGGAGCACUUGUGGCAUACUCUGUAGCUGCCGCUUGUGUGCUACUUUUAAGGUAUGCAAAAGAUGCUGAUAAAUACACAGAAACAGAACAUGAAGAUGAUCACUUUCAUAUCAAAGACAUUGUGAAACAAAUUAUGAACACUGAAAAGUUGAAAAAGCCAACAAAAUUGUCUACAUUUAUUGUGACAUCUGAAAUUAUUCUAUACAUUGUUUUGUGUGUACUAGUAUCACAACUUGUUAUUCAGGCAAGAUCAUCUAUUGGAGCAGCUGAUCCACUAGCAAUAACUGGUCUAGUAAUCCUGUUAUUUUGUAUGAUAUGCAUAAUGGUUUCCAUUGGAAUUCAGCCUACUUCACAGGCUACAGUAACCUACAAGGUUCCAUUUGUACCCUUAUUUCCAGCUAUUGGUAUCCUCAUUAAUAUAUUUUUGAUGAUGAUGCUGGAUGGAGUGACAUGGAUAAAAUGUGGAGCAUGGACCCUUAAAGGAUUAGUGAUCUACAUUGUGUUUGGGUUUUGCUGCCAUUAUAAAAAAUGGAAGAGUACUUCAAACACUUCACCAAGAACGAGUCGGAAUAGUGUGGUGGUACAGAAGACAUAAAGUAGAUGG